CUCCAAGAACUGCAGGGGUGGGGACUCGGUUGCACUGACCUCUGCUCUCCUGCCAUGAUUUGCUCAUGGUGGAGUUUCUUCUUCUUUUUCUGUACUCAGUUGCAUGGGUGUUUGGUUCUCCUACACUGAACUCACCUCAGAUUUCGGUUCUUCUUCUUCUUUUGGAGAGGAUAGGCAUGUGCUUGAAUUGGUGUACAAGAAAGGAUUGCGGAAGAAUCCAAGCUAUCCUCCAUAAAGGAUAGAGACAGAGGAAGAAGGAAAAUCUCGCCUUUUGUAUUGGAAGCCACUAAAGGCGAUAUUUUUAAGAGACGAGUGAGAUUGGAAGCACUUCUCCGAGCUCCAUAGCUUAGUGGGAGAGGAGGAGAAGAACAAAGAAAAGCUGGCAAGCAAGUGGUGGGAGAGAGUAGAUGUGUCGGCGAUGGCCGGAAUGGAAUCCGGCGGCGGCGGCGGCGGCGGCGGUGGCGGAGGUCCGUCUCGCUAUCUCCAUCACCUCCUCCACCCACCGCCGGCGCCGUCAACCCACGUCCCACCGGAGCAGUCCAAGCCCUCCCCAGAGAAGAACGUGAAGUCCUCCCCCGACAAGGGCGGCGGCGAGCCCUCCACCUCCGCCGCGGCCGAGGCGGGAGGCGAAGCGCUCGGCCCCGUACGUCGCCCCCGUGGCCGGCCACUGGGGUCGAAGAACAAGCCCAGGCCCCCCAUCAUCGUGACCCGCGACAACCCCAACGCCCUCCGCUCCCACGUCCUCGAGGUCUCCGGCGGGGCCGACGUCGUCGAGUGCGUCUCCGAUUACGCCCGCCGGCGGGGCCGGGGCGUGUGUGUCCUCAGCGGUGGCGGAACCGUCGCCAACGUCGCGCUCCGCCAGCCCGGGGCGUCGCCACCGGGGAGCGUGGUGGCGACCCUCCGCGGCCGCUUCGAGAUCCUCUCGCUCACCGGCACCGUCCUCCCGCCGCCAGCGCCUCCAGGGACUGGCGGUCUGACCGUCUUCCUCGCCGGCGGGCAAGGGCAAGUGGUCGGGGGGAGCGUGGUGGGGCCGCUGUUGGCGGCAGGGCCGGUGGUGCUGAUGGCGGCGUCAUUCGCGAACGCGGUGUAUGAGCGGCUGCCAAUCGAGGGGGACGAGGAGGCAGCGGUGCCGCCAGUGGCGCAGGGGCAGCAGCCGGCGGCCUCUCAAUCUUCCGGCGUUACGGGCGGUGGUGGUGGCGGUGGCGAGGGUGGUGGAAGCGGCGGCGGUGGAGGUGGCAGCGGUGUUUCGUUCUAUAACUUGGGUGCAAAUAUUGGGAGUUAUCAGUUUCCUGGUGAUGCUUAUGGAUGGGGUGGUGGUGGUGGUGGUGGAGUUAGACCACCCUUUUGAUGAUUCUAAGCUCACUCACUACUACUACGACUAUUACUGCUACUACUAGUACUAUCAUAAGUUUCUCUCACUGGAAUUAGGUGGGAGCUCUUUGCCUUUGGUUAUUUUGAACUCUCAUCAAGAAGAAGAAGAAGGUGAUGAAAAUGUCUAGGUGUAAUGGUGCAGUUUGGUUGAUGACAAUCGUCGGAAGAGAGAGCUGGAUGGAUACUUUUGGUGGUAAUUUAAGUGUGUACUUAAAGAAGUACUCGAAGGAUUCUACAGGUGGUGCGCAUUAGGCCAUCAUUGUGCUUAUUUUGCUGGUUUUGGGAUUGGAAAAGUUGAUAUGAAGUGAAAUCGAGCAUUUUGAUAUGGAUUCGAUGAUUAAAAAUGGGAUUUUGAGUGGCUAAACUUGGGUUUUGAUUUGAAGAAGAGAAGAGAUAUGGGUGGAAGAAGAAUGGAAGAAGGAACUGGAGUGGUCAGCUUGGGGGAAUGGGAUUCACAGACUUCCAAAGGUCAGUAGAUUCAAAGUUCAUGCACACGUGUAUCAUUUCACAUUCUUUUUCUCUUCUCUUCUCUUAUCUCCUUUGUCUAUCUCAGCUUUGUAUGGAGUAUGUAGAUCUGAUGUAGAGAAACGGACUUGUUCUCCUUCAACACACUAUAUCCAUGUAUACAAUCCAUCGUCGUUCGGCGAUUCCUGAACCGGAAUUAUAGUGUUUACUAUUAAAAGGGUCUUACAAGAG